AUGAUCAACCAAGAAUGGCUCGAUACAGGAUCGAAUACUACCUUCCUUCCUUCGGGAUUUCAGACAGACCACUCCCCGGUGGUCACGAAGGUCUUCGCUGACAUUAGGGCCUAUCCGAAGCCCUUCAAGUUCUUUAAUUACUGGAUGGAUCACCCGGAUUUCAACCGUACUCUCACGGAACAUUGGGGGAUAAAUGUGGUCGGCUCAUACCAAUUCGCGCUGUUUCAACGGGAGAAGGCGUUCAAACAGGUCCUCAAAUCAUUCAACUUUCGAGAGUUUAGUGAUAUUUCGGCUAGAGCAAAGAUUAAGACACUCAAACAGAAAACCGAACUCCUUGUCACGGCGGAGAAGAACUUCUACAGUCAGAAAGCGGGUCUGAAGCACAGGCUCCUUAGUGAUCGCAACACGGCUUUCUUCCAUGCCAUGGGGUUGCUAGGGGUUCCAAAGCAGACGACACCUCUAGCCCCUGAUGCCUUUGCUAACGGGUAUGUGAUUUGUAACGAUGAGUCGGCCAGCCUUAUUAGGGACGUGUCUGCCAUGGAAAUCAAGGAUGGCCUCUUUGCCAUUAAAGAUGAUAAGGCUUCUGGACCAGAUGCUGCCACUGAGUUCUUCCACACUGGCCAGCUUCUCAAAAGCUUUAAUGCAACGGCCAUUGCUCUUGUCCCUAAAAAGGCGAACAACUCCCAGGCCCAAUCUGUCUUUGUGCCGGGACGGAACAUAAUGGAUAAUAUACAUCUUGCCACGGAGCUUAUGAGGAGUUAUGAUCGUGUUAGAGGGGUCCCUCGGUGCACGGUCAAAAUUGAAUUGCGCAAGGCAUAUGACACCAUUUCAUGUAACUUCCUUGAGGAUGCGCUGAUUGGCCUCAACUUCCAUCCCAUUUUUGUGGAAAGAAUUAUGGAAUGUGUCACAUCUCCGUCAUACUCUAUCAUGGUAAAUGGAAGUGCCCACGGCUUCUUUCCACGUAAGAGGGGACUACGGCAAGGUGACCCGAUAUCCUCGGCUCUUUUCAUUCAUUGUAUGGAGUACCUUUCUCGUCUUUUUGCUCUCCGCGCUCAAGGGAUGGGGUUUAACUUCCACCCUAGAUGUGCUAGUCUGCGCAUUACUCACCUUGCCUUUGCAGAUGACUUAAUGCUUUUUGGGAGAGGGGACAAUUAUUCUAUGCAGGUCUUGGCCGAUACAAUUGCUGAAUUCUCGGGUUGCUCAGGCUUAGAAGUUAACCAAGCAAAAUCAAACAUCUUUCUGGCCGGUACAAUGUCGCCCGAGACGAGGGAUUACAUCAUAAACAUCUUCGGCUUCACCCCUGCCUCCCUCCCGGUCAAAUAUCUCGGCAUCCCUCUUGCGUCGAGAAUGCUUAAGACGGCCGAUUACUCCAGCCUCAUUGACAAAAUCGCCUCUACUGGAGUCGAGGCGUACUGGCUACAAUCCUUUCCGAUACCGGAUACUGUUACUUCAAGGAUUGUUGCUAUUGCUAGGCAAUUCCUGUGGGGUUCCAAGCACUGCAAGUGGAUCCAUUCUGAAAUCAUUCGGGAUACGGACUUUUGGGAGUGGCAGCCUAGAUUGAAGGAUGAAUCGCCGCUUAUCAAACAUGUCAUAUCUAUCCGUGAUAAUAUGCUCACCAAAGGCUCGAAGCAAGAGAUUGCGGAUCUUUUGACUCAAUUGGGUUUCAUAGGUGCCCGAUUACUAUCAAAAGUGCUAUCAAAUGGCUUGCGAGAGACAGGAGGGCUUCGCGCAUUGUGCAUGCAGCUAAGGAAACUUGCACUUUUAGCCACGGUGUAUUUUGUUUGGUUGGCUAGGAACACGGUGAUUAAGGAUGGCAAGAGGUUUGAUGAUAGGCGGAUCCUCUUCCAAAUCAAGACAGCCACUUAUAGCAUCCUUUAUGUUAAGUUUCCCCCUGACCAAGUCGUUCAGCAUGUGCCAGAUAUAUAA